AUGGAUACACCACAGCAAAUUUUAGCCUCUGUUACGUCGAGUCUCCCAGCGGCAGUAGCUGGAAUUCUCCCACCAGUCGCCGGGAUAAAACGAAAUAUCCUUAAAGCAAGACAAAAGGCAGCGGGAGCUAUGUCUUGCCCCACCAACAUGCGUGAUUUACUGAUUCCCGACAAAUACACAUAUACGGUGGCUGGAGAUAAAUUUCACCAAUUCGACAGCGGUGCUUCAGAUAAUAGAAUUAUUAUCUUUAGCACGCAAAAGAAUUUGGAUUUGAUGGCGACAUGUGACCAUUGGUACGCUGAUGGUACAUUUAAAACGUCACCGCCAUUGUUUAAGCAAGUUUUUACAAUACACGCGAUUAAGUAUAAUAACGUUCUGCCAACGGUUUACGCACUGUUGCCGGAUAAAUGUCAAGAUACGUAUUCGCGUGUAUUGGAUAAACUGAAGCUGCUUAAACCAGGGCUGUCUCCAGUCAGUGUUAUGGCCGAUUUUGAAAAUGCCCAGAUAAAUGCUUUUUCUCAUAAUUUCCCAGACAUCAGGAACAGAGGUUGUUUUUUUCACUUCAGUCAAUGUAUUUGGAGAAAAAUUCAGACAAUCGCUGACAUUCGACCCAAAUACGAGGAUAAGGAUGAUCCGGAUUUUGCAUUGAACGUGCGAAAGUUGGCCGCUCUUGCAUAUGUUCCAGAGCCUGACGUUGUUGAUUGUUUUGAAAGACUCCUCCGGACAAAAUUUUAUACGGACAACGAAGACCUGAUGUCAGAUUUGGUAGAUUAUUUUGAGUCUACGUGGAUUGGAAAGCCCCGACGAACCGGCCUUGGCAGAAUGCUUCCUAAAUUUAUGCUGAGCCUCUGGAAUUGUUACGAGGCAUCGUUGAAUGACCUACCCAAAACUAACAACGCCGUUGAAGGCUGGCAUCGAGGAUUCAGCUCUCUUUUAGGAGCAAAUCAUCCAUCUAUUUGA